GUUUGUAAGCCAAACUGAUCGAAAAAGCUUUCAUUCCUUCCCUGAGUGAGUCCUCAAUUAGCUCCAUCUUCCCCAAACUAGAGGCAAAAAUGUUGUCAAAUAUUGACACGAAAGAAGUAGCAGCAACUUCAACCGGAAAGUUGGUUACAGUUAAUGUGGUCGUCACCGGAAAACGGACUACAGACGGUGGUUUGUUGUCAAACGUGGGGUUGGACCAACUGCAUGACAGCGUCACGGAUUUGAAGGGUAAAAGCCUUCUUUUGGAGCUUGUUAGCACAGAGCUCGAACCAAGGACGGGAUUGGAGAAAAUGCCAAUAAAAGGAUAUGCAAAGAGGUCAAGCAAAGAGGGGGAGAAUGUGAAGUACCAAGGUGAAUUCAAAAUUCCUUGGAGUUUCGGUGAUGUCGGAGCAGUUCUUGUGGAGAAUGAACAUCACAAAGAGAUUUUCCUACACAACAUUGUUCUCACUACCGUUUCUGGCUCUCCCAUCACCAUUGCUUGCAACUCUUGGGUUCAUGCCAAGUCUGAUAACCCAGAAAAGAGAAUCUUCUUCACCAACAAGUCUUACUUGCCAUCACAGACACCAAGUGGAUUGAAGAGACUAAGGGAGAAAGAACUAGAGAACCUACGAGGAAAUGGGGAGGGAGAAAGGAAGAGUUUUGAGAGAAUAUACGAUUAUGACAAAUAUAAUGAUCUUGGAAAUCCAGACAGUAGCCAAGAACUGGCCAGACCUGUCCUUGGUGGUGAGAAGCUCCCUUAUCCUAGGCGUUGUAGAACUGGGCGUCCAAAGACCAAAAAAGAUGCAUUGUCCGAAAAAAGGAGUAGCGACAUAUAUGUACCAAGGGACGAGCAAUUUUCACAAGUAAAGAGUGCAGAGUUCACAAGUGUAACAGUGUCGUCAGCGCUGAAUGUGUUGCUGCCUCUGAUAAAAGGGGUCCUCGUGGAUACCAGCCUUGGAUUCCCGUCCUUUGAGGCCAUUAACAGCUUAUUCGACCAAGGGAUGCCCAUCCCUACACUUGAACAACACCAACCGCUAUUGGAAAGUGCAGUCUCAACAGUGGCCAACGUUGUAACAUGUGGCGGAGCUGAUCUCUUACACUUUGAUACCCCUGAAUUGAUACAAAGAGACAGUUUUGCUUGGGCCAAGGAUGAGGAAUUUGCUCGUCAGACUCUUGCCGGUAUCAAUCCCUUUGGUAUUCAGUUGGUCACGGAUCAGGAAUGGCCAUUGAAGAGCAAACUGGACCCAGAGAUCUACGGUCCACCUGAAUCUGCAAUCACAACAGAGCUUGUUCAGAGAGAAAUCAAAGGCAUCAUGACCACUGACGAGGCAUUGCAGCGUAAGAAACUCUUCAUUUUAGAUUAUCACGAUCUGCUCCUUCCCUACGUAAACAAAGUAAGAGAGAUAGAAGGGACAACACUCUAUGGAUCACGGACGCUGUUCUUUCUGAAACAAGACGAUACGUUAAAACCUAUAGCAAUCGAGCUCACUCGGCCACCCAGCAAAGAUAAGCCCCAGUGGAAGCAGGUGUUCACACCUAGUACUGUGGAUGCCACCAACUCUUGGCUGUGGAAGCUAGCUAAAGCUCAUGUCCUCGCCCACGAUUCUGGUUACCAUGAGCUCGUCAGCCACUGGCUGAGGACUCAUUGUAGCAUAGAGCCUUACAUUAUUGCCUCAAAUCGCCAGCUGAGUGCAAUGCACCCAAUUUAUAGAUUGUUGCAGCCCCAUUUCCGAUACACAAUGGAGAUCAAUGCUCUUGCUCGAGAAGCACUCAUCAAUGCAGGUGGGAUAAUCGAGGUUUCUUUCUCUACAGCCAAGUACUCAAUGGAACUUAGCUCGGUCGCCUAUGACAAGCUCUGGCGGUUCGACAAGCAGGGUCUGCCGGCGGACCUGGUUAGCAGGGGAAUGGCAGUUGAAGACCCAACAGCCGAAUAUGGUCUGAAACUGACGAUUGAAGACUACCCUUUUGCUAGUGAUGGUCUCCUCCUUUGGACAGCUUUAAAACAAUGGGUUAGUGAUUAUGUCAAUCACUACUACCAAGAUGUCAGCCUCAUUGAAUCUGAUCAAGAGCUCCAAGCUUGGUGGACAGAGGUGAGGACCAAAGGCCAUGAAGACAAGAAGGAUGAACCAUGGUGGCCCGUCCUCAAGACCCCAGGGGAUCUAAUUGAAAUCUUGACAACCAUCAUCUGGGUUGCCUCUGGUCACCACGCUGCUGUCAACUUUGGUCAGUAUGAAUAUGGUGGUUACUUCCCAAACCGCCCAACAAUUGCUAGGAUUAACAUGCCUAAUGAAGACCUUUCAGGGCAACAACUCCAGGAUUUCUUGAAAAAUCCCGAAUCCACACUCUUGCAGUGUUAUCCCUCCCAAAUUCAAGCAACAUUAGUGAUGGCUAUACUAGUCGUUCUGUCAACUCACUCCUCAGAUGAGGAAUAUCUUGGGGGUGAGAUGGAGUCUUCAUGGGCUGAGGACCCAGUGAUCAAGGUGGCAUAUGAGAAGUUUAAUGAGAGAAUGAAGGAGAUAGAGGGAAUUAUUGAUGCAAGAAACAAAGAUACAAAUCUAAAGAACAGAACUGGAGCUGCUGUUGUACCAUAUCAGCUUUUGAAGCCAUUCUCUAAACCUGGGUUGACAGGAAUGGGAAUUCCUAACAGCACCUCAAUUUAGAUUUUCCUUUAUCUUUCAGUUGAUAAUGUUCAAUUACUUUAUGUUGUCACAACCAGUAUAUGGAUGGAUGUUUAUCUGGUUAU